AUGUCAAAUUCUAAAGGCAAACACGUUCAAAAAAAAAACACAAUCACUCCCUUUACACUUGCUGCUCAAGCAGCCAAAAUAAAAAAAUCAUCUAUUAAUAUAGAUGAAGCUACUAGUUCAGCUAUUACAGAAUCCGAUAAUAUAGUUGAAGAUUCUGCUAAUAAAAACUUUAUUAAUUCAUCCAAAAAACUCAAAUAUCCACACCUUGCCAAAGACAAUCUAAAAUGGAAUCCUAUGUGGAAAAAAACUUAUCCAUGGGUUGAUCUAGUAACACGACAAAAUGACAAAUAUAUGAUUUGCACAUGA